AUGGCCGCUUCGCGAUCGCGUUUCGCGAACGCCAACCGCGCCAGUUCGCCCAACGACGAUGUUUACCAGACGGCCACCCAGACCAGCUUCCAGGACGUGAUCCAGUCGACGCCUCAGCAACAGGACUUCUCCCUGCAGGACGAUGCCUUUCCGCGGCCAUACGAUCAGCAAAGCGGUGAUAGCAGCACCGACAUGUUGAUAGAGAUGGGUCGAGGCACGAAGCGCGCGCAGGACUACGACAUGUCUUCCAACGCGAUUUUCAGCUUUGGCAACGACAACAGUCAGUACGAGGUCACGGGCACACCACCUGUCCGCCCCAAUCAUGCUCUGCGGAAACAAGCAUCCGUCAGAAGUGCCAAGCAGCGCGCUGUAUCCGAGAAAAUGCCUACUCGAAGGGAAGAUGCGGCCCGGGAGAACACACAGCGCUCUGGGACACUUAGAGUGCGCAGCUCCCGCUUUACAGCUGCACAGCAUGUAUCGGCAGCUUAUACCGCAGUACCGACACGAUACACAGCUGAAGGAGGCCUGCAGAUGGGGGAUCAGCCGACGCCGCGCCGUACAGCAAGUGCAGCUGCCCACAUCGAGUCAGCAGCGUACACGACCAGUCAGUCGUUCAUGCUACCAGACAUGGCAGAUAUGACCGCUAUGAUUGCGGGUGGGACGCCGGUGUUCAGAAAACCUGCGGCAUCACGCUCGCGGUUCACAUUCAAUGCUCCCAAGCAGCCCGCUCAGCUGCAUCAUCCCAUAGAUGGCGCUGCCAUACCGAAUGAUGAGAAGUAUAUCUUCGCGUCUAUUGGUCUUCUGCAGGAAAAGGUUGCGUCGCUGGAGUCAGAGAACAGCGAAGCGAGAAAGAGAGCAGAGGAAUAUGAAGCUGAGAUUCUCGAGCUCCGAAGUCAACUGCAAGCAGCCAGACGUCGUCCUGGCAGCGCUCUUGGCUCUGAAGACGAUUCAAUUCAGCAUGGAGGCUCGCACACCGACAUCGCCAGAUUAGAAGCAAGAAUCAAGGCCUUACAGGCGCAAGUGGACAAGGCCGAACGAAAGACCAGCAUUGCCGAGAUCACCAAGAGUCGUGUGACUAAGGAGCGCGAUGUGAUCAUGGCGCAAAUUACCACCGCAUAUGUGAACAACGAGGAGCUUGCCAGUGAGAACGAUGCGUUGAGAGAGAGCCAGGAAGAAUUCCAGAACGAGGUAGAUGAGCUUAAGAAUCAAGUCGUGUCGCUUGCCAGCGAGAAUAACGAUUUGCGCGCUAAGCUGGGAGCUCACAAAACCUCGCGGGCAAACGAAAGCGCUCGAUCAAUACGGGACAACCAAGCAGGGUCUGGAGAUGAUGGACCCAUGAGGACGGAAGAGAGCAGGCGAGAUUCGCUGUCUGCUUCGCGUGCUGUUAAGCAUAGUAGGGAAUCAUCAACAGGCAUUGCCCAAAACAAGCAAGAUCCUACCACAGCCGAGCAGCGGGGAACUGCUGCAUCAAACCAAGAUGACUCCUUCGUGCGCGAUAUUGCCACGGCGAUAGCGCGAGAGACUCAGAAGAUACGACAGCAAGCUUCUAUCAAGUUGCAAGAUCCACGCGAGGCUCGUAGUGAGAGUCGUGGUCCGAGAGGUCUGCAUUCUCGAUCCCUAUCACGAACCCGCAGAGACACUGCACCGGAGACGCACCAUUCAUCCAAGCGUCAUGUCUCAGCACCAGCAGGGAUGGAAGUGGAUGAUGCUGUGACUGCCACGGAAGUUGACCUGACUCGAAAGUCUCGACGUUCUUCGUUCGGUAGGGCAGCUGAUGGUGGUGUAUCAACUGAGGAAGACUUGACCAUUCUCAGCGAUCUGGACGAUGAUGCGAUGGCAGCCCUGCGUAGGAAGCUGGAGGAAGAAAGACGUACCGGCCGACUGCACAAAAAGCCCUUGUAUCAGAGCUUGAAGGACAACGACACCACCAGAUCUUUGACGCGACAAAGCAUGCCGCGGAAGUCGUCGUUGAAAGAUCUCACCGGAAGAGCAGAGCGUCUUACUCUCGGGGACGGCACCGUGGACGAUUUCCUCAGAGCUGCAAAGACAGUACGAGUCCAGUCGCCACAUUCGUCGUUCAACGACGUGCAAGCCGGCCAGCAGGACACAGAUGUGGGCGAUGAAUCAAUCCUCAGCAAUACCAGCCGCCGUCGAAGAAGGUCAUCCGGUGCCGAGGGCAUGACUUCAGCCUUCAUCAUUCCAGACAUCACUAUGAACGUCAAUCAGCCUUUGCUAGCAACGCUCAGCAAGCCCUCUUGCAUCAACCAUGAUGCCAUCAAUUGCACCGUCUGCCCAGAUUCUGCCAAGACUAGCACAAUACCGCAGCCAAUCCCGGUCACAGACCGAGACAUCGAUGUUACGGACGCCACACUCCGCCCAGCUCAAGCACCGGCCGACGCUUUAGCAAUGGUGAUCAAGAACCUGAGCGAUGAGGUGGCUCACCUCAGAGUCCAGCGCGAGGUCCACAGCCAGCAAUACAACCAGCACGACCCUGCUAUCUCGAAGCGACGGCGACACAGCCUCAAGGCCAAGAUUGAGGCACUUACGUCCCAAAUUGAGACCCGCAGCGACCAGAUUUAUGCCCUAUACGAUGUUCUCGAGGGACAGAAGCAGGCAGGGCAGCUCAAGACUGAGACUAAGUCAGUGGAGAUGACCCAGCAGGAUGUGGAGGACACCCUUACAAGCAUUGGGCUCGAUCCAGCUGAACUGUCAGGUCAUGUGGGCAGGAAGGCGCCUGCAGGUUUCGACGGCAUUGACGAUGUUAGUGAUGAGAGUGAAUUGCCGUGGGAAGGACUGAGUGAUGUUGAGAGUGAGAUCGGGCAAGGACGAUAG